UUCAUACCGUAUUGUGAACUUAAGCUCUUCUGUUGUAAUAUUGCUCGGGUAUAUCUAGACUAAAUAUCGCCUGCUUUCAGAGAAGUUUAAUAUUUAUUACCUUUAACCCAGAUACUGCGGUGGCAGGAUUCAGCGCAAUGGGAGAAAAACAUUCAUUACUCUUGUGACGUGUGGCAAACGAAUACAGGUGGCCGAUGCAUACGUCAACACGUUGACACACGCGUGCACUACAAUACUACAAUCCGGACUGUCUGGAAUGAGGAAACCCGCAGGUAGCGGAUAUCACAGAGUCUCGUUACAUGGAGUCGUUAAAAAAACAAGACGUUCAGGAUAUAGUCGUGGAGGAGAAAAGACAUCACCUUGAAGAUAAAGCAGAAAGCAGACUGAAGAUCCUCUUUCAAGGACCAUUUCUGCAGCAUGGUCGGUUAGUUCACGGUGCGGAAUGUCUUAGGGGAGACAACUCUUGGAGUCCAACAACUGAUCGCUUUUGGUCAAUAUCACCACAGACGGGCAACCAAACUAAACUAGCGGAAACGAUCGCAAUCGUCAUGUGGGUUCUGUUUGUCAUUUACCCAGGAGUUGCCAUACCAGUUGGAUGUUGUUUACGGAACAUUUGUAAUAUCGUCAAUGCCGUGAUCCUGAGCGUGAUAAUAGCAUACUUCCUCACUUGUUUCUACAUCAUUCUCAAGAACAAGAAGAAAUUCAGACGACUUUGGUUUGUCAUAAAGACUAAUGAAGAAACGUGCAAAGGUUACCGGAAUCAAGUCACCUUGGUUACCAGGGAGAAUGUGCAGUGCUUGUCAUUCAUGACUUUACACAAGAAGCGAGAAGUGGAUUUAAAAUUAGCCCAAAACCCACAUAAAGUGGCUGUCAUCAUGCAGUGCAGCAGAUCUUUCUGGAACGUCCACAUCCUCGAUCCAAUCUUCUGCCUCAUUGGCCUCAUCCUGCUAUACACUGGAGCCGUCAUCAUCCAGAUAGAAAUGCUACAGACAUCAUUGCUGUGAUGAUUUUCUGAUGUCGUGGACUAUUGAAAUUAUUAUUCAGAACUCAUACUUAUACUCGCAGACAUUCAAACUAAAGUACGUUGUUGUUCGCAAGGAUGGUGGAUUUCGUAUCUAAACCUUGAAACUAGACUCUAAAGGCCUACAAGAACAACUUUUUUAAAGUAGUCUACCUCUUGUGAAUGUACUAGAUAUGAAUCCUGGUUUGUGCACAUUGUUCACGCCGAGAUGUUCGUAGUGUUCAGGCUGAGGCGGUGAAAAUGUUACUGAUACUCAAAACAAGCAGAAACAAAUGCUUGCAAUGUCACUAAGGUCAAAACGAAUUAUUUAAAUUGUUGAAAUCCUGCUGUGUGUCAUAUUUAAAUUAUUGAAAUCCUUCUGUGGGUAAUAUUUAAAUUCGUUUCAAAUCACUGGUAUGAUUUUGCAAGUAAGGUUUUGAUUGGUCGAAUGAAAGGUCAGCUGGACAUGAGCUCCAACGGGUUGCUGUUAGAUCCACAUGUAAUAGUGGAGCUAAUUUUAAUUAGAUUGACCUCUCAUGCAGGAACAAUUUGGGGUGGAGUUGUGUCACAUACCAUUACUAGGUCAUUAAGCAGUAUGUUUUAUGGUUUACUGCAUAUUAAAGUGAAUCCUUGUCUGCACAUUAAAGUAAUUAAACAGUGCGUGCAAGCAAAUCCUUGUCCCGGGCAUAUUUGCGUUAUCAGUUAAUAUGUGAUCUUCAAACCUCACAUGCAAGGAUAACUUUGGAUAGCGGGUUGUCGCAUAUCAGUACUAGGUCAUCCUUGUCCGGGCCAUAUAUAUUCCUUACUAAUACAUGCAGGACAAUCAAAUGUUACAUGUACGUACAACUUGGGAUGACAGUCUGUUGUCUACAAUUAAUGGGAAGAAAAUAUUUUGCGCACCAUAUCCUCCAUACUAAUUCAGGCAAGACCAUCAAACCUUGCAACUUUCGCUCGCUAGAUACCAUUUUCUAAUGUACUCGUUCAUACAAAUGGUAUUCAACUGAAAGUCGUGCAAUAUUCUCCAUUGCAUUUUAAGCAAACAGCACCUUUUUCAUCAGUUGCUGGUCGAAACAAACUGUUCAUCCAUCACAUUACACAAACUUCAUAUAAUGAUAAUCGAAUAAUACAUGUAACACUUCAGUCAUAAAACUCCUGAGGAGCGUAUUAUGUAGUUCACCGGUAUUUUUGUUCUUCGUUCCUCCUUGGGUAGGAGACUAAGGGUGAGACCGAGGUCUAUGCAUUUUACGGGUUCUUAAGUUGUGUUUUGCCGUUCACCUAUCGUGUUAUUAUUCACAGGCAACCAUUAUGACGACCUAUAAGAUAUAGUUUUGUUGUUGUUUUGUUUGGCCUUUUUUUUCUCUUUUCCUUUUUUUUUUUUUUCUUUUUUUUUUUUGUUGUUGUUGGGUUGGGGUUGGGGGGUUUUGAGGGGAUGAUGUAGGUUUUU